CCUUUUCAACCAAGACUAGCAUUCAGAAAAAUUCCUGUUCGCUGAAGGAAGGAUUACAUUGACCAGACAUUACUGCAAUAGAACUUGCACUGGAAGCAAACACAUCAGGAGUGUGUGGCACAAUGUUCUUGGCUGCAGUUUGGUAGUCAUAUAUCCCUACUGAGCAGAGAUCCAUCAUGCCACACUACAAACUCACGUAUUUCAAUCUGAGAGGAAGAGCAGAAAUCAUUCGCUAUCUGUUUGCCUUUUCAGGCAUAAAGUACGAGGACCACAGGAUAGAACAAGCGGACUGGCCCAAAAUCAAACCAACUAUCCCAUUUGGAAAAAUCCCCAUUUUAGAAGUGGAUGGAGCUACCCUUCAUCAGAGCCUGGCCAUAGCCAGAUACCUAGCCAAAGAAACAGGUCUGGCCGGUCAGACGCCUCUGGAACAAGCUCUGGUUGAUGCCAUUGUGGACACCACUGAUGACUUCAUGUCUAUGUUUCCCUGGGGAGAGAAAAAUCAGGAUGUGAAACAACAGAUAUUUAAUGACCUCCUCACGAAUACAGCUCCUGGACUACUACGAGAUUUGGAAAGUUUCUUAGGGGAUAAGAAGUGGCUGGUUGGGAAGACUGUAACCUGGGCUGAUUUCUACUGGGAUGUGUGCAGUACUACACUUCUGUUCCUUAAGCCUGACCUAACAGACAACUACCCGAAACUUUUGGCUCUGAAAGAGAGAGUACAAGCACUUCCUGCUAUUACAGCCUGGAUUCAGCAAAGACCAAAGACUACGUUGUAGAUCCGCUUUUCUUGUUUAGAAGAACAUGUGUAUUAAAUUAAACACAGUUAUAAUUGAUUAUAAAAUGGAAUAAAAACACACCAGACUGUA